AACAGAAACGUCUACCGGAUGAGAGGCCAUCCAAUCCUAAUCAAGAUGGAAAACCAGAUGAUGAGAUUGUGAGAGAGAAAUUAACAAGUGAGUCACCUGCUAGUCAGAGUCAAGUUUUGCAGAAAGAAACAGUAGAAAUGAAUGAGACACCUUCUUCUCCAAUAGCUCCAAAGAGUAUUGAAACUCCCGUUUAUACUCCAAGUCAGACUCAGCAGAUUGAGAGAGAGCCAUCGGAUGACACGCCUGCCCUUGAUACUCAAGUUUUUACUCCUAAUCUGACAAAAGAGAGGGAAACACAAACCUCUACUGAUGAAACGCCACCCAAAACUAAUCAAGAAGAAGGAAAACCAGAUGAUGAGAUUGUGAUUGAGUCACCUGCUGCUCAGACUCAAGUUUUGCAAAAAGAAACACUGGAAAUGAAUGAGACACCUUCUUCUCCAAUAUCUCCAAAGAGUAUUGAGGCUCAAGUUUUUACUCCAAUUCAGAAACAGCAGACGGUAACAGAGGAAACGUAUGAGGCUACACAGCCAUUGACUGAGAUCAUUUCAGCAAACAAUAAAAAGGAGGAUACACAUGCUGUGCAUCACACACCUUCCUCUCCAUUGUCUUCACUAAUUGCACUAGUUAUUGAAGAAAAUAAGAAUGCUUUGAGUGAGACAGAAACUGCGACCCAAUAUUUUUCUCCAAGUGAAGGAGAGCAUACACAAUCAAGCAGAAAGAAUCAAGCAGAAGAAUAUCUCAAGGAUACUACAGAACCUACUACUGAGCUAGUUUCCACAGAUGUUUCGAAAACACAGCCUCUUACUCCGCAAACACAGCACCUUCAGACAAGUGAGGGAGAUCAAUCCAAUGAGACACCAUCAGAGCAGAAUCAAGCAGAAGAAAAUCUCAAGGAUACUACAGAACCUACUACUGAGCUAGUUUCCACAGAUGUUUCGAAGAUGCCGCCUAUUACUCAGCAAACAGAGCAUCUUCAGACAAGUGCUAUAGAUUUUUCAGAAACAAACGAGGUUGAAGUAAGCAGGCUUCUAGCUCACUUUCAAAUAGGCGCAGAGGUUGAGAUUUUGUCUACUGAUGACGAAAUAUGGUAUCCAGGAAAGGUUGUUGAUCUUAAACUGUGUGAAGGACUAGAGGAGCUGACAGUUGAGUACACGACACUCUUCACAGACCAACAUAGACUUCAGAAACUUCAGGAUACUAUCACGGCUGACAAAAUACGUCCUGCAACACCAACUAGUGACCAAAAAUCCUUUGAGAUGAUGGAUAAGGUAGAAGCCUUCUACAACAAUGGCUGGAGCAGCGGACAAAUUAGCAUGGUACUUGGUGAUAACACAUACUCGGUGUGUCUCUAUACUUCUAUGGAAACUAUUCUAUUCAAACAUUCAGAUUUGCGAAUUCAUAGAGAAUGGAAAGAUGGAGUCUGGAAGAUGGCAGAUAAGGUGAAGCCUGAUAAGAAAAGGAAAGCUGCUGCCUCAUCACAAAAUUCAGGAAUGGAUAAUGUUUUCCUAAGAAGGAGCGAGAGGGUGCCUAAACGAUCUAGAGACACAAAAACUCCAUUCAAGUCUGACAGAAAUCCGGCUUUAACUGUAAUACCUGAGAUUAUACCUGCAGUUGAUCCGUUUUCAACUCCUGCGGAACAUAAGCUUUCAAGGCUUCAAAAUUGGAUGACAUUAAAGCCCGGCAUGCAUGAAACGUCCCUAUCAAUCAAUGAUAAUAAGAUAAGGAAAUCUUUCUUUCAAAGCAUGGAAAAUGCAAAAAGGACCUUAAGAAAGAGCACAUUGAUGGAGCCUUUGCAAUGCUAAAUUGCAGAAGAAAUGAGAAUGCUGCUUGGUUCCACAACUACAAGAUUCCAAAGGCGUGCUUCCUACCUAUGGAGUUCUUGCAUUGCUUGCUCUCUGAUGAUUUGGCUUACAAGAAAGAAAAGGUCAAAGGUAAAAAGAUUUUCAACGAUUUAUUUAAAGAUACUGUGAGAGGGAAGGUAUAUCCGAGCAG